UCACAGCAUAGUCAAUUCAGCCUUUGAGUUGGGAAAGUAAUGAGUCACUCAUCACUCUCAUUAAAGACGCGACCAAAUACUGUGGGGUUUAAAAAGUUUUCCUGAAUAGGUUUCUUCCUGUAUUUAACGUUUGGACAUGCCACCUCAAAUGGAUUACUUUUACCAAGAAUCGAGAGUUCCGUCUGUGUGCUUAGAGCAAGACGACGCACUGGAACCUGCGAUUAGUUGUAUGAUGGUUGGGGAUGGAGCCGUUGGGAAAACUAGUAUGAUUGUGAGCUACACCACUAAUGGGUAUCCAACGGAUUAUAAGCAGACAGCUUUUGACGUUUUCUCUGGGCAAGUUCAGGUGGAUGGGACCCCUGUACGAAUUCAGCUGAUGGAUACUGCUGGACAGGAAGAAUUUGAUGAAUUCAGAUCUCUGUCUUACGCACACACGGAUGUCUUCCUCCUCUGCUUUAGUGUGGUUAACCCCACAUCGUUCCAGAACAUAACCAAGAAGUGGAUCCCUGAGAUUCGUGCAUGCAACCCGUCCUCCCCCAUCAUUUUAGUUGGAACGCAAUCAGACCUUCUGUUGGACGUUAAUGUUCUCAUAGACUUGGACAGGUACAAGGUCAAACCCGUGUUCAGCCCAAGUGCACGGAGCCUUGCCGAGAAGAUCAGGGCUAAUGAGUACGUGGAGUGCUCGGCCCUGACCCAGAAAAACCUAAAGGAGGCCUUCGAUGCUGCUAUAUUUGCAGCUAUUAAACACAAAGCCAGGAAGGCCAAAAAAAUUAGACUGUCAGACAGACGGGCCAAAACUUUUUCCAAGUGUAGCUGGAAGAAGUUCUUCUGCUUCAUUUGACCCUGUGGGUCAAAAUGUGAACUGUUUACAUGAUUAAUUAAUUUAUUUCGGACAGUGCUUUUUCCACAGCACUGGUCGUUUAGCUUUUUCUAUGGGUGGAGUUGUUUGAUCUGCGGUGAACUUCCCAGGAACAGAGUCACUGUCAUUUGAGAGCUGCUGGGUUGCUCCAAACUCUUUGGAUUAAAGGAAUAGUUUAUUCAGAUUUGAAAAUUCUGUCAUUCUUGUGUCGUUACAAUCCUGUAUGACUUCCCUUCUUAUGUGGAACACAAAAUGUUUAGUCUUUAUCACCAUUUGCUCAUUUUCUUUCCAUAGAACUAAAGUGAAUAAUGACAGAGGCUAAGAUUAUACUGAACAUAUCCUGUGUUCCAUGAAUAAAAGAAAGUAAGAUACUGUAGGUUUGGAACAACACAAAUGUGAAUUUUCAUUUUGGAGUGAACUAGCCCUUUAAGGAUUAUUUUAUCGCACAAUCUGUAUAUGUAACACAAAUUGUAAGAUUUAUAGACACAUUAUGAACUCAAAGUUUAGGAAUUAAUCCAGAGAACUACUCCUAAAAUCAAGGAUUGUUCAGUAAGAGCACCCACCAUAUUUAAAUUAUGUGAAUUUGCAUAAGCUGGAUAGCUGCCCAUUCAAAGCUGCAUUGAGCUCACGUGGCGAUGCCUCUGAUGGUAGUGGGGACAAGAUGGGGUAUCAGUCUUAUUUCUUUUGUGUUGAGUGCUACUUAGUCAGACAGGCUCUUUCAUAUGCAACAUUCAACACAAAAGCUGGUGUGAGUUGUCUCCUUAAGUGUUUGCGACUAUAUAAAUCCAACAUCACACUUGCAAUGUUUCAGCUUGUCCAUCUGUUAAAUCUUAUUUGGGGUUUAUCUUCCAAAUUGACAAAGAUAAGAAUAUUAGGUUUGGGUGAAAAUUGUUUCCUGCGUCAAGGGAAAAUUUUGACCAGCCCAGUCUUUUCCUGAUUUCCAAAGACGGUUUAUGUGUCUGGUUUAAAUGUAUUUGUAAAGCAGUGAGAGGGCAUACACGGAUAAAAUUCUAGACACCCAGCUCAUUUUGUGGAGCCUGUGUUAAACUUUUUUUUACUUUAGUAGAAUUCAUUGAUCUAUUACUGACAGUGUGCACUUAUCACAGAGUAAAUGGUGCUGUCUUUGUUAUAAAUGUGCUUCUUGUGGAAGAAUCUUUAAAAAAAAAAAAAAAAAAAGCUGUUUAUUUUUGACAGGUUUAACUGUUCUGUUUGAUGCCUUAGGCAAGAAGGAUGUAUCGCUCAAUCAUUUUAUCUGUUUGUCUUUACUACUUUAGUUUUGCCUCCAGUGAUCAAAUUGAUUCUCCUACAGUGUUUCUCUGCAAAAAACCAAAACAAAUUCAAAAAAUGUAAUUAAAAUGUCAAAAUACUUAAAAUACAUUUCCAGUGACAAAAAUUUAGAGUUUUGGCAAACUUGCUGCAAAUGUUCAAAAUGUGUUAUUUUCACACGCAAAUGUGCUUGCACGUUGCUGAAAUCUUUGCCAAAGGUUUGCAGCUCUUCUGCACAGGUGGUAACAGUGAACCUGCAGAAAACCUUUGGCAACAAUGUACAAUUUGCUGCAAAGUGCAUGCAAUGAGUGGCAAAUUUGCCACAGGGGUAUGCCAGAACACUAGAUUAUUGUAAGUGUUUUCACAAGGCAAUUGUCCUCUAUAUUAAGUGUUAUAUGUGAAAAUUGUUUAUUACAUUAUCUUAUAAUGUUCCUCUUUACAUAUUAAAUAAACUUGUUGA